CGUCAUAAAUAUAUAUUUCAACAGAAACCUUAUUUACUUCGGAAAAUUUCCACUAUUUGUAUACAUUUUAUUAUUAAGUAGCACUUCUAGUUAGAAGUGCAUCGAGUAUGUGAGUCAUUGAAAAGAUAACUUUUACUUAUACAUCGUAGUUUUAUCUUUGUUUUCAAAAGUAUAUAUAGGAAUAUAAGUAUGUAUCGUUGUUAAUUGAUCAGUAUUUUACCUACCCCUAAAUUAUGAAAGAAAUAAGUUACAAAUUAACUUGAGUAUAUAAUAUAUGUACAAAAGAAUCACUUUAAAACAUUCAUGUUUAAUAAACUUUUCCUUGUUGUAGUGUGCGAUAUCUAAUAAUGGCACAGACCUGAUCAGUUUUAUUUUUGUAUUUUAUUGCAUAUGUAGUUCCUAAAAUUAUCCAAAUAAUCUAGUCACAUAAUAAUUGAAACAUGAUUAUUUUUGUAUUUACAUAGCAUUCCUUAAUAUCCCUUUGCUAUAAUUUAAAGCACAUCGUAUUCAUAGCGGUGUAUGAACAAAUGUUUAUCUUCUAACAGAAUAGCCGAGUGAUAUAACGUUCUAAACAAGGCUAUAAUAAUUCAAAAUGAAAUAAAAUCCUAGUCGUUUGUCAAAAUCUACAUAUGAAAUAAGCUUAAUAACAGUAGUCGCUCGUGCGAGAAAGAGUAAACUAUGGCGGCGGCGGCGGUAGGAAAAAAAGAGAAGGAAAAAGAACCAAAGCCAGAGAGCUGACGUAAGUAUUGUAAAGUCCCAACAACAGCACCCCACUCAUAUCGGAGCGGCGUAACGACGACACAUAUCAAAGCGUCCGAGUGCGAGAUCGCCGGUUCAGACAGUCCGGCACUUUCGGCUGAAGAGAAGGCUGUUAAGAUGAAGCUGCUAAUUUCGACGGCAGUAGCCGUUGUGCUACUUGUUUGCGUCAACUCUGCUUUUGGUGUAGAUCCACAUGAGCAUAGUAAAGUAGUUUGCUACUGGAACGCUACGUCCUUUGAACGUGCUGGCCCCGGCAAGUUCCAAGUGGACGACCUUCGACCAGCUCUCUCGCUGUGUACGCACCUGAUCUAUGGAUUUGCCGGCAUCAACGCUGCCAAUUUCGAGGUCGUGCCGCUAAACCCAAAUCUUGACACCGGUGCCGGCUAUGGUUUCUAUCGUCUAGUCACCCAGCUGAAACGUCAGUUCCCUGAACUCAAGGUUUACCUCAGCAUUGGUGGUAACGCUGAUCCCUAUGAGGAAACUCACAAGUACCUAACAGUUACUGAAACAUCCGAGGCAAGGAACAAGUUCGUCCGCUCGGUGGACCGCCUUCUUCAAGACUACGACUUCGACGGUGUCGAUCUUGCCUGGCAGUUCCCUCCAGUGAAAGUAAAGAAGAACCGUGGCACCUUUGGCUCCCUCUGGCACGGAAUCAAGAAGACCUUCGGCUAUGGAAAAUUCAAGGAUGAGAAGGAACAGGAGCACCGUGACGGAUUCACCAUCAUGGUCCGCGACCUUAAGACUCAGCUCAGAGCCAAGAACAAGGCCCUCACUCUCACCGUCCUACCCCAUAUUAACUCUAGCAUCUACUACGACGCUAGACUGUUGACGCCAAAUCUAGAGGCAAUUCACGUAUUUGCCUUUGACCAAAGCAACCCUGAGCGUACUCCGAAGAAGGCUGACUACCCUGCACCAAUCUAUGAAAGUUAUGGACGCGAAGACACCGACAACGUCGACUCGCAGACCAGGUAUUGGCUCGAGAACGGCACUCCAGGUGGCAAGAUUGUCGUCGGAAUCCCUGCCUUCGCUCGCACCUGGAAGCUGACGGCCGACAGCGAAGCUGCUGGAGUUCCUCCGGUAACUGCCGAUGGUCCCGGAGCCGAGGGCCCACACACCGGCAUCGCUGGACUUCUGUCCUACGCCGAAGUUUGCUCGCGUCUGACCGAGCACGCGGUUGGCCGAUUGAGGCGCGUGAACGACCCAUCGAAGAAAUACGGUGCCUACGCCUACCAGCCGUACAACUCCGGCACCGGCACCGACGGCAUUUGGGUAGGAUUUGAAGACCCCGAGACCGCCGGCAACAAAGCCCUCUAUGCCAAGGCCAAGGGUCUCGGUGGUGUUGCCAUUUACGAUCUGUCCCUCGACGACUUCCGCGGCGUCUGCAACGGAGACAAGUUCCCUAUUGUCAAGGGAGCCAAAUUCAAGUUGUAAAUUAUGAAAAGAUGAAGACCCAUCUCGCUUAACGCACUUAUAUUGUUACAGUUCUGAGAUUGUUUUUAACUUUUACGUCUUUAUUUUUUUGACUCAUAAGUGUAUGUCGAAAGCUUGCUUGUCUUUUUUAAAUAAUAAUAUUUGUUCAUAUCUGCGAGUCGAGUGUACAAGUAGAUUUCAUUGUAAAUAAAAGAACUAUUUGAUACAUA